GACAGGCAGAGAGAGGGAGAGCGAGCAAGAGAGAGCAAGAGAUGAAAUAACACAAAAACUGAAAACCUUCCAGCACAUUACAAGAGGAACAUCUUGAGGGUACCAAUCUGCAGUCAUGGGGCAAAAAAGGAUGUUUGCGUUCCUGCUGCUCUCAGGACUCUGCACACUACAUUCCUGCCUCCGUGGUCCGUACCACAUUGUGCACAACAGGACCACCUGGGAUCAAGCACAGAGUUACUGCAGAGAGUUCUACACUGACUUAGCCAUAAUAUAUGACCAAGCGGACCUCACACAGCUGGAAAAAGACAUUCAUAACCUCGUCCUGGUGAAGGAGAACAAGACCUGGGACGAGGCGCUGGACUACUGCCGGCGGAACCAUUCCGACCUGGUCUCGGUUUCCAGGGAGACCGACGAGCACUGGGUGAAGAGGCGGGCCCGGAACGCCAGCACGGAUUACGUGUGGCUGGGCCUGCGGUUCUCCUGUGCCCUGCACCACUGGCACUGGGUCAGCGGGGAAGGAUUGUGCCAACGCAAGUCCUUGUGGCACCUGCACGACGUGAGCGGGCAUACAGGGGCGGUGGAAUCUGCUGGCGAGCAACGGUGGGUUAAUCAGUCGAAGACGGAGAAGUUCAACUUCAUCUGCGAAAAGAAAGAGAGAGAGCCUGAGGUAACACCUUGAAGACCACACCCUGGAUAGCAACAUAUACCCUGUACACACCUACGGCACAUAUACACUCUGUAGGUGCAUAACACUUUAUCAACACACACACCUUCACACACCUAUAGCAUAUAUACACACUCUGUAGGUCUUUAAAAGUAUAGUAACAUAUACCCUGUACACACCUACGGCACAUAUACACGCUGUAGGUCCGUAACACUUUAUCAACACACACACCUUUACACACCUAUAGCAAAUAUACACACUCUGUAAAAGUAUACCAACAUACACAUUGUACACACCUACAGUACACAUACAGUCAGAUCCAUAAAUAGUUGGACAUUGACAAAGUUAUUGUUAUUUUAGCUGUCUUUCACAGGAUAUUGGCGUUGGAAGUGAAUGAAUGAGCUCAAAGUAUGAGCUAAAACUUUCAGCUUUAAUUUGAGGGUGUUUACAUACAGAUCGGCUGAACGCUGUAGGAAUUACAGCCCUUUUCAUACACAGCCCCACCCAACCCAAUUUUAGGGGCUCAAAAAUAAUUGGACAAAUUUACAUAAUCAUCGAUUAAAAUAGUCAUUUUUAAAAUAUUUGGUUGCAUAUCUUUUGCAUGCCAUGAUCGCUUGUAGGACAACCUGAAAAUAAGAUAUCCCGACUCUGAUGAUGUUGAUAGGUCACGGACAUUAGGAAGUCAUGGCACGCAAAGGAUUUGGACAGUGACACAAUUUUAAAGGACUCCUACACAGUUUACUCCAUAUGUAUGAAAAUGCAUAUUACAGUACAGACAGUAUGUCAGGUAUAAUUUGAGGAUAUGUACAUCCAUAGCAAGUGUAAUGUGUAGGAAUUAGAGGCAUUUUUCAAUUGUGUUACUGUCCAAAUACUUACAGAGCUCACUGUACAUGCACUAUGUGUGUCCGUAGCGACACACACCCUGUUAAACACCUAUAUACACUCUGAAUAUUCACAAUAUUAUAUCAACACACCCUGUUAAACACCUAUAUACACUCUGAAUAUUCACAAUAUUAUAUCAACACAUCCUGUUAAACACCUAUAUACACUCUGAAUAUUCACAAUAUUA